AUGGGGACUACUCUUCUCUUAUUCUUGCUCUGCAUCAGCAGAGCCGUCUCUGAGAAUAUUGACGAGAUGUUAAGGAAACAUGACAGUGAAAUUAAAGAUGUACUCGAGUUGUCCGAAAACGAAAAGAAGGAAUUAAAAAAGCAAGAAAAGAAUAUUAUUGAUGUGAAACAAGAUCAUGUUAGUUCUUCUGGCGAUGACAUUCUGGAAAUCAAUAUGAUGGACCAUACAUCGGGAGUAUAUCAAGGCGACAUGAUGCUAACGGAAAGUCAAGUAGAAGACAUCAAAGAGGACAUCGAAGAAGUAUUCGCAGAAAAAAACGGGAACGUUACCGAGUACAGAAGUCGACGAAAACGACAAACAUUCCGCGACUCUAGAUAUCCUGACACAACAUGGACAGAUGGAGUCUACUACUUUUUUCAUUCCAAUGCAACUCCGAAAGUUCAAGGCGUUUUCAAAAAAGGCGCCCAAGCGUGGGAAAAUUACACAUGUAUUGACUUCCACGAAGACGAAAACGCGAAGCAUAAAAUCCAAGUCUUUGUUCAAAACGGUUGUUGGUCAUUCGUCGGUAGAACUCGCAGACCGCAACAAGAACUAUCUCUUGGGCAAGGAUGCGAUUCUGUUGGUACUGCUGCACACGAAAUAGGUCAUGCACUCGGACUUUGGCAUACUCAAUCAAGGCACGAUCGCGAUCGGUUCAUCACGUUAGACGCAGCAAAUAUCAAGAAGGAUUGGCUCAGUCAGUUCACUAAGGAAACGAGAGCCACCAAUUACAACUAUAAUAUUACGUACGACUACGGAAGCAUAAUGCACUACGGAUAUAGAGCUUCAUCUCACAACAAAGAGCCCACGAUUGUUCCAAAGGACCAACUGUAUGCGCAGACCUUAGGAUCACCUUUUAUUUCCUUCUACGAGUUGCUUAUGAUUAACAAACACUACAAUUGUCUAGAAAAGUGUAAGCCAGAGACAUCCGCAAAAUGUCAAAUGAACGGCUUCCCUAAUCCUCGUGACUGCACAAAAUGCGUUUGUCCAAGUGGAUUCGGCGGUGAUCUUUGUGACGAAAGACCAUCCGGAUGCGGUAAAAUACUAAAUGCGACUGCAGUCUACCAAACUCUAGAAGAUACACUUGGUAAUUUCUACCAAGGUGGAGUGAGAGAAGACUUUACAAAGUGCAACUAUUGGAUCCAGGCACCAAACGAUUCUCGUAUUGAAGUCAAGAUUGAAAGCUUCACACGAGGACUUGCUGUUGAUGGGUGCAAGUAUGCUGGAGUGGAAAUUAAAACUCAUAAAGAUCUUCGCCUCACUGGUUACAGGUUCUGUGCUCCAGAAGAUAACAACGUCACCUUAGUAUCAAACUAUCACAUCGUUCCUGUGAUCACAUACAAUCGAGCCUAUGCAUCGAAAACGAUCCUGAAGUACAGAAUCGCUCCUGAUGAUUUAACGGAAAAUACUACGAAGCAACCAAAAACAACUGGAAUUACAACGAAAAAACCAAAGGCAAGCUCUGAUUGUAAGGAUGAUGAACGUUCCUGUCCCCGAAUGCUGAAGCUGAAAGACUUCUGCAACGGCCCGCAUUACUCACAACGCUUAAAAGAAAGAAUAUGCAAAAAAUCAUGUAAUUUAUGCUAA